UCCGGAAGGCAAAGACGUUGGCUGCAGCGGUGGCCCCGUAGGUGGACCCGGACAGCCGAAAAACGAGGCUUGGUCAUGAACGUGCCUGGGACAGCAGCGGCGGUGGCGAACCUGGUAUUCGUCUCCUCGCUGCGUCCCCGCUGCUAACUGAACAGAUUUUAACAUUAUGGCAGGGAGGCAUCAGAAUCGGAGUAUUUCUCUCCCAGGAGUUCAGUUAAGCCCUCAAGUACAUGCUUUUGGAAAUUGUACAGACAGCGAUAUGUUGGAGGAGGAUGCUGAAGUGUAUGAACUUCGAUCCAGAGGAAAAGAGAAAGUUCGAAGAAGUACAUCAAGAGAUAGACUUGAUGACAUUAUUGUAUUAACAAAAGAUAUACAAGAAGGAGACACUUUAAAUGCAAUAGCCCUUCAGUACUGCUGUACGGUAGCAGAUAUCAAGAGAGUUAACAAUCUCAUCAGUGAUCAAGACUUUUUUGCUCUUAGGUCCAUCAAAAUUCCAGUUAAAAAGUUUAGUUCAUUGACUGAAACAUUGUAUCCUCCAAAAGGAAGACAGGCUUCACAUCCAUGUGUUCAAUAUGCUCCAGAACAACAGGAAAUUUUGCCAGCUUAUGAUUCUCUUUGUUCCAGUGAGUCAGCUGGUAGCUUUUUAAAAGAAGUAGACAGAGACAUAGAACAAAUAGUGAAGUGUACAGACACUAAGAAAGAGAACCUUAAUGAAGUAGUGUCUGCUCUAACAGCCCAACAAAUCCGUUUUGAACCUGAUAAUAAAAACACUCAACGUAAGGAUCCCUAUUAUGGAGCAGACUGGGGAAUAGGUUGGUGGACAGCUGUAGUGAUAAUGUUGAUAGUAGGUAUAAUAACACCAGUGUUUUAUUUGCUGUAUUAUGAAAUUUUAGCUAAAGUAGAUAUUAGUCACCAUUCAACAGUGGACUCUUCACAUUUGCAUUCAGGAAUCACACCCCCAUCACAGCAUAGAGAAAUGGAAAAUGGAAUUGCUGCAACUAAAGGAAUACACAUUGGACAACAAGAGGAUCAGAAACUACAUAAUCAAGAUUAUCAAUCACCUGUUGCUCAACACAAAACAUAGAAAUUGGCUGAUCAUCAUAAUGUUAGUAAUCACAUGUGCGUCUGGAAUGCAAGGAUUCAAUUAUCCCAACCACUUCAAAGGCAGA